AUGGUGAACUGGGCCGAGGCGUUGGUGUUGUUCGCGGAGGGUUGCGUGCCGCGGUGCGCGUCCUGGCUGCUGGCGCGGCUGCUGCUCGCGCCCCGGGGGGAGUACCGCUGCCUCCGCGCGGCCGCCGGCUUCCUCUGGGGCUUCCUGCUCGGCUUCCUGCUGCUGCGGCUGCUGCUCCGGGACCUCGUCAUCGGCGGCCACGUCGGCGUCAUCCUCGGCGCCACCAUCGUGCUGCUGCUGGCCGCGGGGAACGCCGUGUCCACCCAGGUGCGGUGCAUCACCCUGCUGGCGCUGCCCGCGCUGUGCUCGCGGGGCGGCAGGACCACGCUGCGGGUGCUCGUCAUCGCGUUCCUGGUGGCGGGCCCCGUCGCCAACCUCACGGACAACGCCAUCCAGGUGGGCAAGGUGUUCGCAUGCGGGGCCCGCCUGGCCGCCAACCUGACGCGGACGCGCUGGGACCUGCUGUACAGGCCGCUCCAAAAGGCCCUGACCAGGCUGCGGACGAACCGGGCCGAACUGCGCAGCAUCUCCACCGAGGUGCGCGAGGUGGCGGCGCCCCUCAAGCAGGAGGUCCAAGGCCGCGACGACGAGACGGAGAAGCUGCGCGAGGAGAACGACUACUUCGACGCGCAGGUGGGGGACACGAAGCGGAGCGAGGACAUCGAGAAGAAGUACACGGCCUCGCCGACAGAGAGCGCGGCGGCGCGGUACGACCGCCAGUACCGCCGCCGCCUGGAGUACCGGUGCCAGGGGCUGCUGACCAAGGCGGCGGACCGCUGCCGCCGGACCUUCCAGAAGGCCUACGACAACUGCUACGACAAGGUCACCUUCCUGGCCGCCUGGCUGCUGUGCUGGCCCAUGAAGCUCACCUUCAUCUGCAGCAUGGUGUCGUCGAUCGGCGGCGCGUCUUCCUGCGACCCGUCCACCGUGGUGCAGCCCGAGUUCGGGGCCGACUACGCCUCCAUGCAGAACGCGUCCGGCGCGCUCGAGUCCGGCAUGAACGUCCGCCUCCAGUACGAGGUGGUGACCAUCGCCCCCAUGGUGGACGUGCACGGCGCCGACGACGUGGCGCUGGCCAUGGCGCACGACGUGGCCCGCUCCAAGGCCAUCCUGGACACGUUCAUGUCGCCGGUGCGGCAGGUCCUCUCGUUCAUGGUCGUGGGCAUCCUGCUGGAGGCGCAGCGCUACCACGACCGCUACCGCGCCGACCUCAACUUCGACAACCGCUACGUGACCGAGCACUUCCGGCGCAUCGACGCCCGGCGGCGGCAGCGCGGCGCCAAGCACCUGCUGCCGCUGCGGCGCGCCGAGCGCCUGCAGCUGGUGGAGGCUGUCGGGGUGUGGCCGGGCGCCAAGGAGAGGGGCUCGCUGGCGCUGCAGUCGCUGGCGCUGCUCCUGGAGAUCCUGGUGCCGCUCGCCGUCUUCCUGCUGGACGAGCUGCUCUACGGCCUGCUGUCCAUGAUACGGCGCCACGGCCGGAUAGACUACCAGCAGAUCGGGCAGCACUCGCUGUCCGUUCGGGUCAAGGGCUCGGGCAUGAUCGCGCAGCUGGUGCGGAAGAUCAUCUCCGAGUUCAACGUGCACCAGGCCGUCAACGUGCGCCACUCCAACCAGCCCUGCUUGCCCAGGCCGAAACGCCUGCACUGGUGGCUGUGGGUGCGCGUGCUGCUGGUGUACCUGGCGCUGUGGCUGCUGCUGGUGUUCCGCGCGGGGCUGGGCCGCCUGCACCGCGCCGUCUGCGCGUACUUCUACCCGGAGCGCGAGCGGCGGCGCGUGCUGCGCCUCUACAACGACACCCUGAAGCGGCGCUGGGGCAUGGCGCGGUUCAUGCGGGCGCGCGUGCGGGUGCUGGCCAAGCAGGGCCGCCUGGAGCGCCGCCACGGCCUGGCCAACAUCCUGGGGGACGUCCUGGCGUACUGGUGGCCGAGCGCGCAUCGGACGUUUUUGCCAACCUCGUCGCCAAACCCUGCUGACUCCACGGCCGUCGUCUCCAAGGCGCUGAAGACUGCUCAAGGCCGCUCAAGGCCGUCCAAGGCGCUCAAGGCCGCUCAAGGCCGCUCAAGGCCGCUCAAGGCCGCUCAAGGCCGCUCAAGGCCGCUCAAGGCCGCUCAAGGCCGCUCAAGGCCGCUCAAGGCCGCUCAAGGCCGUCCAAGGCCGUUCAAGGCCGCUCAGGGUAGCUCAAGGUCGCUGGCUGCACCUGGCCUUUAUCGCGACCAAGUGGGCCACUACGUCCCGGAGGCAAACAUGGCCCGCUUAUGA